GAAACACACGACGCACACUCGCACGCACUCACACACUUUUACCUGGAUAGCUUGUUUUGGAUGAAAGUGAAACCAAAACGGGUGUCCAAGUGCGGGUCAGCGAUGGGCGAAGGUCCUGGAGGAUGGUAGCCAACAGCGCGGUCGAAGACCAGCUCCACUCGUCCAGCUGCUCCUGGGACGAGGAGCCAGACGGGGAGCAGCCUGGGCGACGGGACGAGGUUCUGAGCGCCAAGCCCAAGUUGGUGUCCAAAUACCGCACGCACUUCCCCACCUUCAACUGCAAGGAGGACUGCCGCAUCAUCAUGGACACGGCGUCCCAGCUGGAGCUGAGCGGCUUCUACUGGGGUCCUCUGGGCGUGGACGAGGCCCACCGCCUGCUGAGUGACGCCGCGCCGGGCAGCUUCCUGAUCCGGGACAGCCGGCAGGCGGACGUCUUCUUCACGCUGUCCUAUCACGCCAAGAGCGGGCCGGUCAGCGUGCGCAUUGACUACAAGCGGCAGAAGUUCUCGCUGGCGGGCAACGAGCGCGCCUUCGCCUCGCUCUUCGCCAUGUUGGAGCACUACACACGCACGCCAAGGCGGAGCCUGCGGGCGCCGUACAGGAAGUGGAAGCCCACGCUGCAGGAACUGUGCCGGCGCCGCGUCAUGGAGCUCUGUGGCGAAGGCGCCGCCUUGUCCCAGCUGCCGCUCACCAACGUGGUGCACGACUUCCUCAAGGAGUUUCCUUACAACUUAUGACUUUUAUUUUGAAACUAGGACUUUAUUUUUCUACUCACAACUAUGACUUUGUUCGGUCGAAACGCACAAACCGUAAAGACGAAGACGUUAUUGUUCAUGAUUAUGAUGAACUAUUGCACUGGCAUGCGCUCACUGGUCUCGGAAGGCACAUAACAAAACGGAUGACGUGCUGUCCUCAAGACUCGAACAAAUGUCGUUUUUUUUGUGUAGCCAAUGACAAAACUCUAAUUAUUAUUCAUAUUUGAAUGUUGAUGUCACACAUUAUUAAUAUUUGAAUGUUGAUGUCACACAUUAUUCAUUUUUGAAUGUUGAUGUAACAUAUUAAUAUUUGAAUGUUGCUGUCACAUAUUGAUUUUUGAAUGUUUGACGUCACAUACUUGAAUGUUGACGUCACAUAUUAUUAAUAUUUAAAUGUUAAUGCAACACAUUGUUAAUAUGUGAAUGUUGACGUCACAUAUUAAUAUUUAAGUGUUAAUGCAACACAUUAAUAUGUGAAUGUUGACAUCACAUAUUAAUAUUUA